UUAAAACUUGCCUGCGUCGCUCGAGAGUCGUCCAACACGAUUACGCGAGGUAGGAAUACCGUGUUCGGGUGCAGUAAAAGUGAGCUCUCUCCGUAGCUUUAAAUACUGACAUUUUAGUGCUAUAUAAUAUUAUUUAUAAUUACAUUUGUGCAAAUCGUGAAAUGUAAUCUAUCUCUUCCUCUACGUUUAACGAGACAGUGUAUGAGUGGAACAGUUUUAUCAAAAUAAGGUUGAAAAUAAAUAAAUAGAGAACAGAUCGGCGCGUCGCAGGACUUGUAAUAAUAAAAAAAGAACCUUAUUGUGCAGUGUUUUAAAGUACUAUUUGUGUAAAUUUAAACGUUGACGUACAAAUUAAAAGUUAUGACUAAAUAUUUGCAGCAAUGCUGAGUUAUGAUAUGAACAGUACGAAUUGUGUGGUAGAGAACGCGAGCCGUUUGACGAUCAUGGAUUGGAAAAUACAAUCAAAUGCAUGCCGAUGAAGUGCGACGAGGACACAGCCUUUGUAACAGAUUAAAAUGGAUACUACCAAGACGAUGGAAACCAUCGAUGACCAGCAAAAUUUAGAAAAUAAUCAUCAAUCUGCAGUUACAAUGGAAGAAAAAGAAUCGGCUCUACCUGUGAUAAAUGAUAAGAAUAGUGACAGUGAUGGUAACAGUGAAGAUCUUAGCAGUAAUGACGAUCAAAACAUUGUGAAUAAUAUCAACUCUCAGUUUUAUGAGAGUAGUGAUAGUAAAGUAGAUUACGCUGAAAAAUUAGACGAUAAUGACACUUUGAGUGAUAUUGAUGACAUAAAAACGGACACGGCAUCCGCUGAUAGUGAAGACUCUGCCCUAGGCAGUCUUCCACCGGACGGUGCACUUAAUGAUAGAGAGGAGGACGGACAAGACCGUUCCGAUGGAAGUGAUUCUGGUCUUGGAUCAGAAACGGUAGAAGAUGUUAAGUUACCCAGUUUCGAUUUAGUAUUGCCCUGCCCUGGUAACGAAGAGAGUGCUAGUAAAGAAGUCGCAAAUGAGGAGAGUUCUAUAAAUAUUCAUGUUGAUGCGGAAAACAAUAGUCAAAUUCCAGACACAGAAUUGAAGAAACCCCUAAAACGAUGUCUCAAGAGGAAAUGCGAAGAAGAAAAUAUUGAUGGCCCUGUUAUUAAAAAGAAAAAGGAAUCGAUAAAAUUCGACAAUGUAACAGUGUUUUAUUUUCCAAGAGCACAAGGGUUUUCGUGUGUGCCAUCACAAGGGGGUUCUACGCUUGGUAUGGAAUGGGAACAUAGUCACAUACAGAAAUUUACUUUAGCUGAACAUGCUUUAGAACAAAGAAGAUUGCAUCGACAGAUAUUACAACAAUUAAAGAGCGAACGGCAUUCAGUUCAAGGCGUAUCUCUAUCAUCGAGUGAAGACAGUGACACGGAAGAAGAAACUAGCGACAUUUCUGAAUCAGAGCUAGAUUUAGAUAGCUACUAUUUUUUACAGCCUGUUCCUACAAGACAGAGAAGGGUCUUACUACGUGCGGCUGGAGUGAGAAAAAUAGAAGGCUAUGAAAAAGAUGAAUGUAGAGAUAUACGAACAUCAAGAGAGUUUUGUGGAUGUGCUUGUAAAGGUGUAUGCAAUCCCGAUAGUUGCUCAUGUAGCAUGGCAGGCAUAAAAUGUCAAGUUGAUAGACUUAAUUUUCCAUGUGGCUGUACGAGGGAUGGCUGCGGCAAUACAUCCGGCCGAAUUGAGUUUAACCCAAUAAGAGUAAGAACUCAUUUUAUAAACACCCUAAUGAGAUUAGGACUCGAAAAGAAAAAUGAAGAAAACCAGGAAGCUGCUAAACGACAGUGGGCUGCAGUUCAUAACAUCAAUAAUGCAUCUCCGUGUAUUCCGCACACAUCAUAUAAUAAAGGUCAUUCGCAGAAUGCUGAAAAUAAUACAUUACAUAAUAGAAAUUCUCUACAUACUUCUCAAAUAGACAAUUGCAUUAAUAUCGGAGCUUUUAACAAUAUUCACUGUGAUGUUAAUAGCUCCAACGCAUCUAGAAGUAUUCACGAGGAUAACGUGAAUCAAAAGAAUGGAAAGGAACAAAAUAUCUUAAAUUUCAGUGACAAAUCGGAUCAUCGUAAUCACGACCCCUAUACAUGUAGCAUACUUCAAGGCAAAGGCCCACCUUAUCCACUGACCAACAAUAUGGAUUUUAAUAUGUCUAAUAACAUACAAAGAUAUUCGUGUGAUCUCAAUUACACUUAUGAACAGCCGCAUGACAACCAUGCAUUUAAAUCAUUACAGAGCUAUUCAGCAACAAGCUUUGAAGAGUUUGCUCAAAAUUCUCACAUAUCAAUGUUCAACCCUUAUGGGCACACAUAUACAACUGAGUAUAUGUGUAAAUCUAAUUCAAGCGUGGAGCAUAACUCAUUACAAUACCACGGUAUAGCACAAAAUCACUACGAUAUGUAUAAAAAUACAUCUGCGUGUGUAAGUACCCAAAAUAAAUCUGACUCAAAUUAUUCAGCGCUCAUGUCGAUGCCAUAUCAAUCUAGCAAUAAGUUGCAAUCUGUAGAUAACGAUGAGAACUGGUUCAGUCAGAAUACACUUCUAAACUUGGACAGCAGCGAACAAACGACGCAGGACGCUUCCGAUGCGUCAUCGCAGCCGACGCAAACAUCGUCAGAAGGCGACGCCAGCGAGGUAACCGAAAACUUCGGGGAACUCAUCAAGAAGACAAUGGUAGAGUCUGUCAUUGUGUAGAUGAAUUAAUUGUUGUAUUUAAUAAUUUCAGUGAAUUAUCAUGUUAUUAAGUUUUUAAUUAUAUUAAUUGGACAUUC